AUGUCGUCCCAAGUGAAACGAACAUAUGGGUCGCGACCCAAGACCAUAUUUCCCCCCUCUUCUCCCAUAUCCGUUGCAUCAUCCUCUCCACCUCCUGCACCCAUGAAACGAUCUCUCCUUUUCGUUCCCAACAGCCGGCCCACGAAAAGGAUCAAACUGUCGAAACCCAAACAGAAGACACUCGUACAACUUCAUUUCUGCAUCGACAAAUCCACCUUGCAGAAGUGCUCGAAAUGCGACAUGUCAUAUACAAAGGGCGUAGAGGAAGAUGAAGCACUACAUCGAACACAUUGCUUGAAGGUCAAAAAAGGCAUGGAGUGGGGAAGAGAAGAAGAGAAAGAAGAGGUCUUGGAAGUUGAAUCUAUGGCAUUACUGAAAAGCGGGAAGAAAGGGAGGAUUGUUUGUGUUCGGGCAGACGCAACCGGGAAAAUUGGAGCGAAGCUCAAUACGAUAUACAAUAUGAUGGACACGGCGCUCUCAGCACCCCCACUGUCACCAGCUAUACUCAACAAAUCUAAAGUGUAUCUGUUCCUUCUACCUGCCUCGACUUCAAAGGAGAGGAUUGCAGGGUGCGUUGUCGGGCAACAAAUCACGACCGCCAUGGAAGUGGCACCGCUCGCCGAUUCAACAGGUUCUGAUGAUACCAAGGAAGAGCCUCGCUCCCCUGUCGUUUUGAUAGAUUCUAGUUCUGGCGUAUUUUGUUACCCAAAGCCACUGCCAACGUCACUGGGCAUUCCACGGAUAUUCGUUCCGUCAACGGACCGCAGACAAGGCAUAGCUAGCAAGUUACUUUCUGCUGCAGCCGCAACCUUUAUUCAUGGAUGCAGGUUGGACCCGAAGCAGGGACAUGUUGCAUUUUCGCAAACGACUGGGGAUGGAUUAGUUCUAAUGCGUGAAUGGGGAGGUGGAGGCGUUAGGAUAUAUGAUGAGGAUUAA